GUUUCCCCAGUGCAGGGGACGCUCAGAGUGACUGUCCACCUGUCUCUGUUCCAGGUCAGCACAGGCCAUGGCGCUGGGGCUCUUCCGGGUGUGCCUGGUGGUGGUGACGGCCAUCAUCAACCACCCGCUGCUCUUCCCUCGGGAGAACGCCACGGUCCCGGAGAACGAGGAGGAGAUCCUGCGAAAGAUGCAGGCGCACCAGGAGAGGCUGCAGCUGGAGCGGCUGCGCCUGGAGGAGGAGGUGGCACAGCUGGCGGCCGAGCAGGCGGCUGUGGAGCAGGCGGCCGCCGCGGGCCCGCCGCUGAGCGAGACCGGCACCGCCUGGGACCUCUGGAGCACGCUCUGCAUGAUCCUCUUCCUGAUGAUCGAGGUGUGGCGGCAGGACCACCAGGACGGGCUGCCCGCCGAGUGCCCAGCCGGGGACGAGGAUGAACUGCCUGGCCUGGGGGCCACCCCGCUCCUCGGUCUCACCCUGCCCGACAAGGCCACGCUCGGCCACUUCUAUGAGUGCUGCAUCCGGGGGGCCACGGCCGAUGCCGCCCGCACCCGGGAAUUCGUGGAAGGCUUCGUGGAUGACUUGCUGGAAGCCCUGAGGAGCCUCUGCAACCGGGACACGGACAUGGAGGUGGAGGACUUCAUCGGGGUGGGCAGCAUGUACGAGAACUGGCAAGUCGACAGGCCCCUGGUCUGCAACCUCUUUGUGCCCUUCACACCCCCCGAGCCUUACCGCUUCCACCCCGAGCUCUGGUGCUCCGGCCGCUCGGUGCCCCUGGGCGGCCAGGGCUACGGGCAGAUCAAGGUGGUGCGCGCGGACGACGACGCCACGCUGGGCUGUGUGUGCGACAAGACCAAGCUCGGGGAAGACAUGCUGUGUCUCCUGCACAGUCAGAACGGCAGGGGCCUGCCUGGCGGGGAGACGGAGGAGCUGCUGUGUGCCUCGGGGUCCCCGUACCUGGACACCAUGCAGGUCAUGAAGUGGUUCCAGACGGCCCUCACCCGGGCCUGGCACCGCAUCGCCCACAAGUACGAGUUCGACCUGGCCUUUGGCCAGCUGGACACCCCGGGCUCCCUGAAGAUCAAGUUCCGCUCAGGGAAGUGUAUGCCCUUCAACCUGAUUCCCGUGAUCCAGUGCGAGGAUUCGGACCUGUACUUUGCCUCCCACCUGCCCAGGCGGCCCUCCCAGGGGAGCCCGGAGUCCAGCACCGACUGGCUCCUGUCCUUCGCGGUCUACGAGCGGCACUUCCUCCGGAUGAAGUCCAAGGCGCUGCCCGAGGGCGCCUGCCACCUCAGCUGCUUGCAGAUCGCCUCCUUCCUGCUCUCCAAGCAGAACCGCCUGACCGGGCCCAGCGGGCUCAGCACCUAUCACCUGAAGACGGCCCUGCUGCACCUGCUGCUCGCUCGGCCGGGCCAGGACUGGAGGGCCGAGCAGCUGGACGCCCGGCUGCAAGAGCUGCUCCGAUCGCUCGAGAAGAGUCUGCUGGAGAAACGGCUCUGCCACUUUUUCAUCGGCAACCGCAAGGUGCCGGAGGCCACGGGACUCCCGCCGGCCAUCCGCAGGGCCGAACCCCUCAACCUCUUCCAGCCCUUCGUCCUGCAGCGGAGCCUCUACCGCCAGACGGUGGACUCCUUCUAUGAGAUGCUCAAGAACGCCCCGGCCCUCGUGAGCGAGUAUUCCCUGCAUAUCCCUUCGGAUCAUGCCAGCCAGCCCCCCAAAGCUGUCAUCUUAUAGGACAUAGGACCCAGAGGCCAGGCCGGUGGGCACCCCAGCACGCCUGUACCCCGGGGACAUCUACAAGCCUUCUAUGGGAUGAUGGUGGCUCUGUUGGGACCCGUGGCUCUUUGUGCCUGGAAUGCAGAGGUCCGUAGAUAGGAAGCAGGAUUCCAUGGUGGCAGCAGGUGUGCCUGAAUGGCCGUGGGGCCUUUAAAUAGACGUUGUUGUGGGGCUGGGGGGCUGCUCCUGUGCUACGCCACUCUUUCAUCUUCGUGGAUGGCCAGGAUGGGGUCAGAGCCCUCUGUGGACACCAACGUAGAGACACUUCCAACAUGGGCAUUGCACCGCAUGUCCAGUGUUUGCUUGAAGGUUCACAGAGGAACUGCCAGCAUGCUGACUGACCAGGAACGGCGAGAGGACUGCGGCCAGGGCACUGACAGCGACGAGCUGGGGAGUCUGAGCCCUUUGCUCAUGGGCUGCAUGGCACCGGGCAUCCCAUGGGCUGCCACCUGCCUACUCUGUGUGGAGGGAAGACCUGGUAGAGCCCCAAGCUCUUUGGCGGCCACAUUCUCAGCCACAUGUCUCCCCCUCCCCGUAGCAUGGUGGGUCUCAGCAUCUGGGGAGCAGGAGUGGAUGCUGUUGGCAUGGGAGCAGGAGGCUGAUCAGAAGAAGAGGCCCAGCUCCCUGGAACGAGCCUUACUAGCCCCGCCAAGGGCCAAGAAGGGAGUCAGCACCUGGCUCUCCCUUCAGUGUAGACUGGCCACACCCCCACACAACACCCAGUUUAACAGGAGUGCCCAGGGCACCUCAAGAAGGGCAGGAAGGAAGGAGUUUUCCCCCUGCCCCUCACCCCCCCGAGUACACUCACACCGGGACUCAAGAAAGCUCAAGGAGAUGGACAGUGUGCAUGGCUAAGGGCCCAGGGCCCCUUAGCUGCGAGCAGGCCCCUGACACUUCUAGGGGACCUUCCUGAGUGGUCUGGAGUUUCACAGGGUGGCAGGCUUGGGUCUGUCCUCCCUGGCUUGCCCUCCCCUAUCCCACAGCAACUGGGCCCAUGCCCUGGAAUCGGCCUGCACAGAGUGUCUUGUCAGGAGCCAGAUCGGAAUCCAUUUCCCUGGGGAUUCAUCUCCAGAAUCGGGGGUGGACUUCCUUAUUUAUUAUCACCUGUGCCUUUCUUGCCCCUCUGACUUUCCCCCACACCCUGCUUGCGGGGGGACCCCAGCUACCAGAAACCAGCCUCCGAAAGCCACGACCAAACCUGAGUCACCUCCUCGGCUGGACAAAGCCCACUGAGAAAACCACCCUCCGAUGUCCUGUUGGGACUCAGACAGUAGAUUCCCCGACGGGGCCCUGGGGUCUUUUCCGUACCAAAGAUACCUCUGCACUCGGGCGGGGCUCUCGAGGGCACCUGGUGUUUCAUGCGGCCUUAUUUAUAAUAAAAGGAGAAUGAUGCUCUUGCGA